AUGGCAGCCCACUUGUCAAGUGGGAAAGUGAAUCUAGGCUUAUUGCGAGAUUUCUACAGAAAGGAAUUUCUAGAUUGUCUGGAUAAAUGCAUGGGAACAAAGGCCUUAGUUUGGGAUGAUCAGUUGACUGGACCUUUCGGUUUAAUAGCAGAAUACUCACUUCUGAAGGAGCAUGAAGUGGAGAAGAUGUUCCCGUUACAGGGGACAGCCCUUCCUCCUAGCAAUGUCCAUAACAUCAUCUUUGUGAGCCGCCCCCGGCUAGAGCUGAUGGAUCAAGUUGCUCAGAGUGUUCUACAGGAAGAGCAGAAAGGCGGCUUCAGGAAAGAUUUCCACAUAAUAUUUGUACCAAGAAAGAGUUUGCUCUGUGAAAAACGAUUGAAAGAAGCUGGUGUCUAUGGAACGUUUGCCAAUGUUGAAGAGUUCAAUCUAGAGUUAAUUCCCUUUGAUAACGACCUUCUGUCCAUGGAAAUGAAGGAGUCUUUUAGGGAGUGCUACUUGGAGAAUGAUCAUACCACAAUGUUCUACGCAGCGCGAUCAUUAAUGACGUUACAAGCUCUGUAUGGGACCAUCCCAAACAUCCAUGGGAAGGGGGAUUGCGCUAGGCAAGUAGUUGACAUGAUGUUACGCAUGCGCCGGGAGAUGGCGGGCAGAGAGCCCCAGAUUCCUCCGCAGAUUGACAACCUGCUGAUCCUGGACAGAAACGUUGACCUCUUGACCCCUCUCCUUUCACAGCUCACCUAUGAGGGCUUGAUAGAUGAAAUCUUCGGGCUUAGCAAUACUAGUGUUAAAUUACCACCAGAAAAGUUCAACAGGAGUAAUCAGAAGGAAGGAGGUGUAACCCCUGAAGUAUCAACUGAACCCAAGAAAUUCAUAUUGAAUUCCUCUGAUGAACUGUACGCUGAUUUAAGAGAUAAGAACUUUAAUGCUGUUGGAGCCGUUGUCAGUAAGAAAGCCAAAGCCAUCACAGCUCAGUUCGAUGAACGCCACACAGCCAAGACUGUUAGCGAGAUGAAGACAUUUGUAUCCAAGUUACCACACCUGCAGGGGGCCAGGCAGUCACUGGCAACACACACAUCCAUAGCAGAGCUGAUAAAAGAAGUGACAAAUACAGACCAGUUUAUGGACACUCUGAGAUGUCAACAAGAAUUCAUCAAUGGUAUAGAAACAGACAAACCCCAUUCAUAUGUUGAGGAUUGUAUUGCCAAAGAAGAGUCAAUAGUUAAGGUGCUGAGGUUAGUGUGUAUACAGUCAUAUUGCAAUAAUGGGCUCAAGCCUAAAGUAUUGGAAUAUUACAAGCGAGAAAUUUUACAGACAUAUGGUUUUGAGCAUUUAAUCACAAUUAUGAACCUGGAGAAGGCAGGUCUUAUACGUCCCCAUGGCAACAGGAGCUAUCCUGUGAUUAGGAAAUCCCUCAAGCUCAUAGUGGAGGAUGUUAAUGAAAUGAACCCGAAUGACAUCUCGUACGUGUUCAGUGGGUUUGCUCCCCUGAGUGUGCGAAUGGCCCAGUUCUUGGCACGGCCGGGAUGGAGGAGCAUCACAGAGGUGUUGAAUUUACUCCCGGGACCAACAAUUGAGGAGGUUCAGCAGAUCCCAGUGGCUCUGAGAAAGAGACGUAGUUCCAUCACUUCUUCACAUUCCAGCACCUCUGAACAGAAGAUCACCCUUGUGUACUUUCUGGGUGGUGUCACUUUUGCAGAGAUCGCAGCUUUCAGAUUUCUGAGUUUGCAGGAUGAUGGUGGCACAGACUACAUUGUGGCGACAACCAAAAUUAUCAACGGAACAAACUGGAUUGAGUCUUGCAUGGAGAAACUAGAGCCAAAGAAACUUAACCCAUUCUGAGGACGUUUGCUCAUAGAAACUCUUCAGUUCAUAGUGCUUUUUGUGUUAGUGAAACGUCGAGGUACUACCAAAAAUAUAAAAGAGAAAUUAAAAAUUCAUGACUUUAUCAAAGACUGAAGUCAAUUGAAUAACUUUCCUGAAGUUGAAUAAAACAAUGAAAGAGUGACAACAUUGAUAUUCAAAGUAUAAAGGUUUGGCCCCCUGAGUAUCUUUGCCUUCCAACUGGUGGGUUUGUACAGAAAAGUGGCUGUCUGUUGAUACUUGAUGGUGGGUAACUCUUACUGUAGUUUAUCACUCUGUUGACUAAAUGAAGUGGAUAUGUGAAAGUGUGAGCAAGCUGGAUGAGAGCAAUUCAUUUUUGACAAAAUAUCAUAUUGUGUAAUGUACAGAAUCAAUUGUAUAGUGUAUAUAAAACUUUUCAGGUAGGUGUAUAAUAUCAGUAUUGUGCUUGGUGAAUGAGAAGAGGUCAUGGUGAGAUUGGUAAUUUGAAAUACUGUAUGUAUUUGUCAUCCAAAAAAGGCAUUUUUAUAGGCAAAUAAAUGUUAUAAAUUGUUUUCC